CCGUUAAGAAGGGCGAGGCGGGCGGCCCUUGCUUCGGAGUCCCGGGAAACGAACCGGCCUCCUGUUCAGCCCUCCACCGGACCGCGGGAUCCAGCGGAGGAAGCAGCGGCGCGGGGCGCACGCUUGGCACCAUGACCCAGACACCCUCCUUCGACAAGCCCAAAGUAGAGUUGCAUGUCCACCUGGAUGGAUCGUUUAAGCCUGAAACGAUCUUAUACUACGGCAGGAAGAGAGGCAUCCCCCUCCCUGCUAACACAGCUGAGGAGCUGAAGAACAUCAUUGGCAUGGACAAGCCACUCACCCUCCCGUGCUUCCUGGCCAAGUUCAACUACUACAUGCCUGUCAUCGCGGGCUGCCGGGAGGCCAUCAAAAGGGUCGCCUAUGAGUUCGUUGAGAUGAAGGCCAAGGAGGGCGUGGCGUACGUGGAGGUGCGUUACAGCCCGCACCUGCUGGCCAACGACAAAGUGGAGCCGAUCCCCUGGAACCAGGCGAAAGGGGACAUCAGCCCGGACGAGGUGGUGCACCUAGUGAACCAGGGCCUGCAGGAGGGAGAGCGAGACUUCAAGGUGAAGGUGCGGUCCAUCCUCUGCUGCAUGCGCCACGAGCCCAACUGGUCCCCCGAGGUGGUGGAGCUGUGUAAGAAGUACAGGCACCAGACUGUGGUGGGCAUCGAUCUGGCUGGGGAUGAGACCAUCGUAGGGAGCAGCCUCUUCUCUGGACACCUGAAGGCCUACGAGGAGGCUGUGAAGAACGGCAUUCACCGCACAGUCCACGCCGGGGAGGUUGGCUCCGCAGAGGUGGUGCAAGAGGCUGUGGACAGGCUCCAUACGGAGCGGGUGGGGCACGGCUACCACACCGUGGAGGACGAGGCCCUGUACAAGAGGCUGCUGGAGAGGAACAUGCACUUCGAGGUGUGCCCCUGGUCCAGCUACCUCACGGGCGCCUGGAACCCGAACACGGAGCACGCCGUCGUCCGAUUCAAGAGGGACAAGGCUAACUACUCACUAAACACGGAUGACCCGCUCAUCUUCAAGUCCACCCUGGAAACUGACUACAAGAUGACCAAAGAGAAGAUGGGCUUUACCGAAGAAGAGUUUAAGAGACUGAAUAUCAAUGCGGCCAAGUCCAGUUUCCUCCCAGAAGGUGAAAAGAAGGAGCUACUGAAUCUGCUCUAUAAAGCCUAUGGGAUACCACCUGCAGCAGAGCGGCAGCCGUGAAGGCGUUUUGGCCGCCGCCCCCCCGAGCCGCGCCCCAUGGAUGGAGACUUCUUAGCUCUGGGGGCCGAGUGAGCCACCUUUCCUCCUCGGGGAAGACCAUGAUUUCCAUAGUCGGCACUGCUGCUACCUGAAGCCUGUGUGCCCCCGCCGACCACAGCGUGGCAUGAUCAAGCCCCUCCUCUGGUGAAGCCCUCCUCCUCUGGUGAUUUAUGUGGAAAAGCUGGUGUUCAAUAAAGUAGCCAAGGGCUGGUGUUGGGCAGCACGUGAUGCGUGGUCUUGGGCGGGACCAGUGGGUGGGGUGAGAGAGGAGCGGCUAGGGCAGCCUGUCCAGUGGCGGCUGUGACUGGGCAGCCAGAGCUCCCGUGCUGGGGGAGGCCCUCGCCUGCCCUCCCUCCCGAAGCAGCCAGGCUUCUCCCGAGGAGUCCUCUGCUUACAGGCUCCCUGGACUCUCAGCCCCUCCCGUUCCAGGUUUUAAGGGGAAACCUUCCUUUUGGGUUCCUGAAGCUGGACGGGUGAGAGGGAAGAAGGUCCUCGGACACCAGCUUCUGCUCAGGCAUUUUCUUACUGUGGCAGCAAUGGACCACAGCCAGCUGUGGACGUGGCCGAGCCCCUGCUUGUGCUGUUUAACGGAGAAGAAAGAAUCUUAAACCAGUCACACAAAUCACCAGCGUUUAUUUCCUGGGUCCCAGGUGUUAUUUAUCUUGGUAGAAAGGAAGGACAGAGUUGAUCAGGUAGUUUUGAGCAUGAAAAUCCCUUCCCUAAAACUGGAUCUGUAAAGCUCCAGGAGGGAACCUCAGAGCUGCGUAGAUGCGCGGAAUUUAGAUUAAAAUGGC